UCACCUUGGAAGUCACCACCAACUCCCAACAUCACAUCUUGGAACUUUUCUCUCCCCACUUGACUUCACCUCUCAAGCGAAAGGAACGCUCUCUUGACAAACCCAACUUUUGGUCGCGUUCAGCCUCAUUAACAAGAACUAAUAACCAUUUUUGGAAUCUGUUGAUCGGAUCCAUCUGCCAUCGCCAACGCGCAAAUAAAGACAAUAAUCACCACUUUUGCUACUUAAUCCAUCUCGAAAAUGUCCACCGAGAACGGUACCACCGACACCACCCUCGCGGGCACCGCCGAGGCCAACACCACCUUUGAAAGCAAGGGCAAGGGCAAGGCUCCCGCUGAGUCCGAGGACCACCCCAUGGGUGAUGCAGAGGACGACGAGGAUGAUGAAGAUGAGGAUGAGACUGAGGAGCCCGAAGCUGAGGAAGACAACCUCGAGGAGAUCGACCCCAGCAAUGUGAUCAGUGGUCCCCGCACUCGCCAGAAGGAGAUCGACUAUGCCAAGGCCGCUCAGGACCUGCCUGCCGAGGAGGACGAUGAGGAGGACGAUGAGGAGUUUGUGCCCGAGGAUGAGGAGAUGGAGGAGUAGUCCGAGGCUAUCUUCUGAUUUCCUUUGAUGGUUCACAACAACAACAAAUUCUUGUUUUCUUUGUUCCUGGGUUUCCCCGUUGGCUCUGCGCUUUGCACGCUGCCAGUGGUUGAGUUUAUGAUGAUCACGAGCUUGGAGAUGUAAGCGGUCCUUUGGCUGAUUGCUAAGCCUGAUUGGCUGGACCUAUUUAUGUACGCGAAUGUCAGCUUUGGGGCUCGGGGUUGUUUGGUUCAAUGCUUUGGGAGUUCCCACAAUCAGAAUUUGGCAAUACAUGAUAAGGGUGUAAGUGAUCAUUUGUUUAUCAGUUCAGGUAGACCGAUCUCUUCUGUCAGCCAAUCUGAAAGUAUCAA